AUGUUUCUUCUUCUACCCCUUUCACUUCUGGUUCAGAAAGUUUUGAUAGCUCCAGCUGUGGGCUCCGAGCUGGACCCCUGCUCCGCCUACAUCAGUCUGAACGAGCCCUGGAGGAGCACAGAGUACCAUGUGAACCAGUCCAACAGCCCCCUGUGUGACUCCCAUGUGUCGGGGGAGUGGUACCGCUUCACUGGGAUGGCUGGAGACGCCAUGCCCACCUUCUGUGUCUCCGAGAACCACUGUGGCACCCACGCCCCCAUCUGGCUGAACGGCAGUCACCCUGAGCUGCAGGAUGGCGUGGUGCGCAUGUCUGUGUGCGCCAGCUUCAACGGAGACUGCUGCCGCUGGAGCGCUCCUGUGGAGGUCAAGGCCUGUGCUGCGGGGUACUUUGUGUACAAGCUGCCCAAGCCCUCCAUCUGCUUCCACGCCUACUGCGGACACUUCUAUGAUAUCUGUGAUGAGGAGGAGUGCACGGCCCCCCUCUGCCCCAGGCCCCAGUGUCUGUGUGCUGCCGGGACCGUCCUGGGACCGGACAGACAAACAUGCCUCGAUGUGAACGAGUGCGAGGAGCGGAACGGUGGCUGCUCUGAGAGGUGCAUCAACACGAAGGGCUCUCGUCGCUGCGAGUGCGACGCCGGGCGCGUGCUGGCGGAGGAUGGACUCCACUGCGAAGAGACGGCGGGUUGUCAUGUUAACAACGGAGGCUGCACUCACGACUGCUCCGCGCUGCAGGACCGCCACCGGUGUCACUGUCCCCGCGGACUGGAGCUGAGCCAGGACCAGCGCACGUGUCAGGGUGGGUGUCCAAGUGUGAGACAGCCAAAGAAAAGGAGUGCAAUUUACAGCUUUAGAAUGAGCCAGCCCCGAGUGGAAUAA